AUGGCUUCGGCUACUUUCUCUGUGCCCAAACCAUCUCUUCAGGGUUUCAUGGAGUUCUCAGGAUUGCGAAGCUCCUCUGCCUCUCUUCCCUUCGGCAAGAAACUUUCUUCCGAUGAGUUUGUUUCCCUCGUCGCUUUCCAGACUUCUGCAGUGAGUUCUCUGUUUCCUCCAACAUUAUCCGUAGCUUUCGUGUUCUGUCUUAUGAUUCAGUCAGCAUGUAUGUCUAUAGAUCAGAUCAUUUCUGCGAUCAGACUUUCUGUUUUGCGGUUUUGUAAACCAUUUAGGUCGUUCUGUGUGUGUGUGCAGAUGGGAAGCAAUGGUGGAUACAGGACAGGUGUGACCGAGGCUAAGCUUAAGGUGGCCAUUAACGGAUUCGGUCGGAUCGGGAGGAACUUCUUGAGAUGCUGGCAUGGCCGCAAGGACUCUCCUCUCGAUGUCAUUGCCAUUAACGACACAGGCGGUGUCAAGCAGGCUUCGCAUCUCCUUAAAUACGAUUCUACUCUCGGAAUCUUUGACGCCGAUGUGAAACCUUCAGGAGAGACUGCUCUCUCUGUCGAUGGGAAGAUCAUUCAGGUUGUGUCUAACCGCAACCCCUCUAAUCUCCCCUGGAAGGAGUUAGGAAUCGACAUUGUCAUCGAAGGAACAGGAGUGUUUGUGGACAGAGAAGGUGCAGGGAAACACAUUGAAGCUGGAGCCAAGAAGGUUAUCAUUACAGCUCCAGGGAAAGGAGACAUCCCAACAUACGUUGUUGGUGUCAAUGCUGAUGCUUACAAUCCCGAUGAACCAAUCAUCAGCAAUGCAUCUUGCACGACGAACUGUCUCGCUCCUUUUGUCAAAGUUCUUGACCAGAAGUUCGGUAUCAUAAAGGGUACAAUGACGACGACUCACUCUUACACCGGUGACCAGAGGUUGCUUGACGCGAGCCACCGUGAUCUAAGGAGAGCAAGAGCAGCUGCUUUGAACAUUGUUCCUACAUCUACAGGAGCAGCUAAAGCCGUGGCUCUCGUGCUCCCUAACCUCAAAGGAAAACUCAACGGGAUCGCUCUUCGUGUACCAACUCCGAACGUGUCAGUGGUUGAUCUCGUUGUGCAGGUCUCGAAGAAGACUUUCGCAGAGGAAGUUAACGCUGCUUUCAGAGACUCCGCAGAGAAAGAGCUUAAAGGUAUACUCGAAGUCUGCGAUGAGCCCCUCGUGUCCGUUGAUUUCAGAUGCUCUGAUGUGUCCUGCACCAUUGAUUCUUCACUCACUAUGGUUAUGGGAGAUGAUAUGGUUAAAGUGAUUGCUUGGUAUGAUAAUGAAUGGGGUUACUCACAGAGAGUUGUUGAUUUGGCUGACAUUGUUGCCAACAACUGGAAGUGA